UCGGUCCUCCAAAGCUCUCAGCCCAGCGUUGCAGCAGGGGUCCUUGCAGCUAAUGUUUGUUAGCUCAUGUGCUAACUAGCGGGCUAGCAGCUACGCACGCAGUCAGUCGUCGGGACAGACGGAGUGUCGGUGGUCGGUCUGUGCGGAGAAUGAGCCUGAAACAUGUCAGGUUAGUUUGUUUUCUAACAGACUCGCCCACACACAGACGCCAGCUCGUACAGACACGUGAAGCUGAGUCACUUUGAGAGCUAGCUGCAUCGUUUGGGAUGACCUGACGACAUCUAGCUUCUUCGACCUGUUCCUCCAUCGUCCUAGCUCUGUCGGAUAGGACGACCAUCCUACAUCUCACAAUCUAAGUCUGCCACACCCUCUUCCUUCAGAUACCUCAAACAUCGCCUGGACUGAGCUGUACCGGCCCCACAGAGAGCUUCAGCCUUCUCCUCGCAUUCAAAAAAAUAAAAUAAAAGAGACGAUGUAUUGCCUACAGUGGCUACUUCCUGUGCUGCUCAUCCCCAAGCCGCUGAACCCAGCGCUGUGGUUCAACCACUCCAUGUUCAUGGGCUUCUACCUGCUCAGCUUCCUGCUGGAGAGGAAGCCCUGCACCAUCUGUGCCUUGGUCUUCCUCGCCGCCCUCUUCCUCAUCUGCUACAGCUGCUGGGGCAACUGCUUCCUCUACCACUGCCAGGACGCAGCACUGCCGGACGCCGCCCACGACCCGGCGAUCGUCGGGACCUAGGAGAGGAAAGGGGGCGGCAGGGGUAACGGGAAUGGGGAAGACGAGGGGGUGAGAAGGGUGACAAGGCAUUGCUGGGGAAUUAUACUGCCAUGCUGUAAGAGUAGAUGGGGCAGAGAGCGCUCGGCUGAUGAGGAGAAGAGCCGGUUUUAGAGGAUAAUGGGGAGCUGUAUUGCCAUGCUGUAAAGAAAGAUGGACUUGAAUUGAAGUGGUAGUAGGAGACGGAGGGGGAUGUCAGAGGAGACGGGGAGAGGGGCAUCCACACAUGACGUGCUAAGAGGAGGACGCGUGAACUUUCUGAGGAGGAAUUUAAAUGUCGGCGACUUUUUAUUCCAGCAUUUGAAUGAACACUAGACGUAACACCUAAACCUAAAGUGACCGCUGUGUUUCAGUAUUCUGGUUCCUUUCUUGACUUGUUUACUUCCAGCAUUGCUCAAAAGAGACACGACUCUCUCCAAACAAACAACCUGUCAGCUCGUCUUUUUCCAUCUCUUUUUAGAAAGACGACGCGCUCCACCUCAAACUGCCAAAAUUCACACAACCCCCCAGUGAAAGCUCCAGACUCCAACAUUUCAGGUUUCGCUGGUAGCCGUGCUCGCUUCUCCUCCUCGUACCGUUUCAGUUGUUGACAAACUUUUGUACGCCGGGUAGUGUUAAAGAAAAAAAUCAGCAUUUCCACAAGCGACACAUCUUUUAAAGUCCGACCUGACCGAAGUCCCGUCGCCUCUUUGGCUCUGCACACGUAAACGCGACCAUGGACAAGGAGAGCACACAGACACUGGACAAUCAAUAACUAUGCUGUGAACUGUUUCUCCUUUUUGCCGCAUCGCCACACAAACGCACCUCAGGAGGGUGUGAUAAUGCUGAGAAACUGUCCCGCCGUCACUACCGACCACGCUCUGCAGCUGCCCCCCCUCGUCUUCCUCGUCUCCUCUUCCUCCUCCUGCCUCGGAGUGAAUGUCACCGACCGCCAGACUCACCAUCUGAACUUUUUCUUUUUUUUUGUGCAUGGGUUGCCGUUAUUUUUUUUCUUUUCUUUUUCAAGUUCACACACGACUUUUAAUUAAUUAAAACAAAAUGCUGAAGGUUUCCAAAGGGUAGUAUAAUAAUCUGGAUGUGUGUGUGUGUCGGAGUGUGUGUGAAAGAAAGUUUGUGUUAACGUGCGAUAGGAGUGUAUUUUUGUGUGUGCUCAUGACAUGCUGAUGUAAAAACGUGGCGAUACACGAGGUAACGUAGCAUACGUCAGUAUUUCCAGCAUCAAUGAGUAAUACAGAGUGCUGGUUGAGGAGAUAUUCUCGCUGUCAUUAAGUUUCCUCGUGUGUCGCUGCUGUAAGUGUUAUGUUUAGCUGUCAGACACAGGCUAAGGUGUUUAUACUGUGUACCUAUUGGUGUGUGAGUGUGUGUGUGUGCGUGUGGCCUCCUGUCGCAGUGCUGAACAUUGCUCACUGCUACAUUAUUGCUUUGGUUUUAAUUUAAAUAAAGUUUUUCCUCUCAACGUGUUAAAA